AUGGCAACAGACUCACACUUGGAAGCCCCCGCUACUUUCACAGAAUUCGACCCCCAGCAAACAUGCCCUUUGUUCUCUCUGCCGGCAGAGCUUCGAUAUGAAAUAUUCUCCCACGCUUUAACAAGCGCACCCGAUAAAACACGGCCUAUAGAUCAAGAUGCAUACUGUACGCGACCGGGAUACGAAACUUUAUCUCGGACUUAUGCAGAACUUCUGCGAACAUGCAAACGAAUCUACAUGGAAGCGUGGUUCAUGCCAUUUCUCUUAUCAGAGCAUCCCUUUUACAUGGCCUGGCAAAACCGAUCGCCAAAGCGUGUAAUGUCAGUUUCCAAGAUGCAAAAAUGUCUUGAUUUGAUCUACGAACGUCACGGAAAGGUUGAAGGCGGCGCUGUUCGCAUUUUUGCCCAGCUUUGGGCUCUAGAGGGUACCAAGGAUUGUUCUGGGGUCCUUAGUAUGAAAAACUUUUACCCUAAGACUAUUACCAUUACUAUUCGGUAUACCGAUACAUGGAUGUGGGAAGAGAAUCAGGCGCUGCGUAUUGGCGGUGCGUGGAGUGGAAGACUUGCACUCCCGUCGAGUGUGACGAGAUUUAAGAUCGACUUUGAAAGUAUUGAGCGCAGAAAAGAUGAGGUCGAUUAUAUUGUUCGGGGAUUUGCGACGCGUUGGUGCUUUCGUCGACGAGAUGGUGUGAAUUUGGUGGCUGAUGGCGAUAAAUCGAUAUCUGUUUCUCGUUGGACGGGCAGCUCGACUUUGGGUGAUUCGAGAUGGGUACGUGAUGAGACACGGCCUGGAAAAUUGGAUUAUUAUGUCGGUACCGUUACUUGGAGACCAUCGAAGGAGCCGCCUAGUCCUGAUGAACCGUCUAACCCCUCUCUGCGAGUCGAUUGGCGUCGUCCUGAGGUCAGAUCCUUGACUUAUAAUACCAUACGGACUGAAUUUUUACAACGCGCGGGUGUACCGGAAGGUGCCACUGCUGAAGAGGCUAUCUUCAUCAUAGAUGAGUACAGGGCUAGGGUCAAUGCAUCUGAUAAUGAUCGCUCUAGCCUUGGAGAGUGGACUGAGUCAGAGGAUGCCAAUUCAGAGGAGGAAGAGGAGGAUGACGACGACGACGAUUAUGACGAUGACAACAGCUCUGAAGACGGUAAUGCUGAAUAA